GUUGCUAUAAUUCAAUACGAGUAUCGAAAAGUGUUAUAAGAUUUGACAGCGAGAUUUUGGGUUCUUUUUCUCCGUGGUUUUUGCGAUCAAACAUGGCACCAACCCCUAAAAACCAAAAGGGUGACAAACCCGCUGCCGCUAAAAAGGCCGAACCUGCCAAGGCUGCCCCAGCCGCCGCUAAAGGCAAAGUUGAAAAGCCCAAAGCUGAAGCUGCUAAACCUGCUGCUGCUGCCAAAAAUGUAAAGAAGGUCCCAGAAGCCGCCAAGGAUGUUAAGGCUGCUGCCACCAAGGCUGCUCCAGUCAAGAAGGACGCCAAGGCCGCUGCCCCAGCCAAGAAGGCUGCUGCUCCCGCCAAGGAAGCCCCCAAGAAGGACGCUAAGGCUGCUGCCCCCGCCAAGGCCGAACCAGCCAAGACUGAAAAGCCCGCUGCUGAGAAGACCGCUAAGGCUGUAGUAACCAAACCCGCUGCCGCCAAGCCCAAGAAGGCUGCUGUUGCCUCCGGCAAAGUAGGUAAGAAGGCUGUUUUGCGUGGUAAGGGACUUAAGAAGAAGAAGGUUUCUUUGCGUUAUGCCAUCGAUUGCACCAACAUUGCUGAAGAUAACAUCUUGGACGUUGCUGACUUCGAAAAGUACGUUAAGGCCCGCAUGAAGGUUAACGGCAAAGUUAACAACUUGGGUAACAAUGUCACCUUUGAACGUGUCAAGAUGAAGUUGUACGUCAACUCCGAUGUCCACUUCUCCAAGGCCUACUUGAAGUACUUGACCAAGAAGUACUUGAAGAAGAACAGUUUGCGUGAUUGGAUCCGUGUUGUCGCCAACGACAAAGAUUCUUAUGAACUCCGUUACUUCAGAAUCAGCUCUAACGAUGAUGAAGAUGAAGAUGCCGAGUAAAUUAAUGUUUUUCUUUUUUUUUACUAAAGUGAUAAACUAAAACAAAAAACUUUGUUAAAAGUUUUUUACAUAAUAAAAUAAGAACUUUUUUUAAAGUUAAAA